AUAUUCGCGAUUCAAUGGUAGGUUGCGCCCUCUAUAAACAUUCGUGUUGUGACAUCUACACAAGUAGGUCGAAUCAGUGUAAACAGAAGGAAAUUUGUGUAGUUUCGUUAUUUUUGUACGCAAGAAUGAUGGCUAAUAAUGAAAAUGGUGUAUUCCUAAGCCUCAAGAAGUAUUUUAGAUAUUUAGGAUCCAUUCCUACUAACAGAAAUUCAUUAGAAGAUUUAGGAGAAGCAGUCUUGAAUGCCGGGCAUAUUAUGAUGUGUGGAAAUUUGGGAAAGAGCAGCAGAGUCAUUGAAAUUUUGGUUUGUGUUUGCAAACAUGUAAGGCCGGUUUAGGAGGAAGGUGCAAACAUAUUUCAGCAAUUCUAUUAGAGUGCACCAGGUGGUAUAAAUUCAAUGUAUUUGAUGUCUGAAUCAGGACUUGCUAUUUCACAAUCAUAUAUACACAAUAUAAUUGUUAGUUUUUUUGCUGUUCCUUGUGUUUUUUGUUUCAGGUGUGACCUUCUCAAACUUGAGAAAAUUUCAGGCACCGACCUAAAAUGCUGGUGGAAAAAGAAAAAAAAGAGACGAAAUUUGGCCCACAAAUGCAUUUCAAAUGCCCUCAGUGUAUUAUCACAUACAAUGAAUUGGCUAUGUUCAAUUCUUCAAAUGUAUGUAUGACAACUGAAUCCAAUAAAGCUCUCUGGAUAGCAAGAAAGAAAAUUUCGAGUCACUGGUUCUCGAUGCUAUGAUCUGUAUACCAAUUCGAAAAAUUAUUGGGAAGAGAAAUGUAGAACAUAUUUCUAUCCCAAGCAAUUUUCGAAUGUUUAUACCAGACAUGGUAUAAAAUAUGAACCAUUGGUUCCAGAAAUUUUCUAAAAGAAGACGGGGUUGUCAGUACUGAAGAUGGGCCUAAAAAUAUGCAGAAGCGAACCUUGGAAAACAUUACAUUUGUUCGAAUAGUUAAGUUUCUGUGACAUUUUAAAUUAAAAAAUUAAGUAUGUAUAUGUUAUGUUUUUUCAUUAAUUAAAGAAUUAUGUAUGUA